AGGGAUAAUGUGCCGAGAUAAGAGAGGCAGGGCGGAGCUAGAGGUCACGUGACUUGUUGGGCCCGCCCGCCGCCUCCAGCUGAAGACUUCCCCUCCCAUAGUGACAGAGCCCUCUGGGUCCGCGGUCCGUACAGUUUCUGCCCCUCGCGCCCCAGCAGGUAAAUUAACAUGAUGGAUUUUUCCAAGCUACCCAAAAUACUUGAUGAAGAUAAAGAAAGCACAUUUGGUUACGUGCAUGGAGUUUCAGGUCCUGUGGUUACUGCCUGUGACAUGGCAGGUGCUGCCAUGUAUGAGCUGGUGAGAGUGGGCCACAGCGAGUUGGUUGGAGAGAUUAUUCGACUGGAGGGUGACAUGGCUACUAUCCAAGUGUAUGAAGAAACUUCUGGUGUGUCUGUUGGAGAUCCUGUACUUCGCACUGGUAAACCCCUCUCAGUAGAGCUUGGUCCUGGCAUUAUGGGAGCCAUUUUUGAUGGUAUUCAAAGACCUUUGUCGGAUAUCAGCAAUCAGACCCAAAGCAUCUACAUCCCUAGAGGAGUAAAUGUGUCUGCUCUUAGCAGAGAUAUCAAAUGGGAUUUUACACCUUGCAAAAACCUUCGGGUUGGUGGUCAUAUCACUGGUGGAGAUAUUUAUGGAAUUGUCAAUGAGAACUCACUCAUCAAACACAAAAUCAUGUUACCCCCACGAAACAGAGGAACUGUAACUUACAUUGCUCCACCUGGGAAUUAUGAUACCUCAGAUGUUGUCUUGGAGCUUGAAUUUGAGGGUGUAAAGGAGAAGUUCAGCAUGGUCCAAGUAUGGCCUGUACGUCAAGUUCGGCCUGUCACCGAGAAGCUGCCGGCCAAUCAUCCUCUGUUGACUGGCCAGAGAGUCCUUGAUGCCCUAUUUCCAUGUGUACAGGGAGGAACAACAGCUAUCCCUGGAGCUUUUGGCUGUGGAAAGACAGUGAUAUCACAGUCUCUAUCCAAGUAUUCCAACAGUGAUGUGAUCAUCUAUGUAGGGUGUGGUGAAAGAGGAAAUGAGAUGUCUGAAGUUCUCAGGGACUUCCCAGAGCUCACAAUGGAAGUUGAUGGUAAGGUAGAGUCAAUUAUGAAGAGGACAGCUUUGGUAGCCAAUACUUCUAAUAUGCCUGUUGCUGCUAGAGAAGCCUCUAUUUAUACUGGAAUUACGCUGUCAGAAUACUUCCGUGACAUGGGCUAUCAUGUCAGUAUGAUGGCUGAUUCUACCUCUAGAUGGGCUGAGGCCCUUAGAGAAAUUUCUGGUCGUUUAGCUGAAAUGCCUGCAGAUAGUGGAUAUCCUGCCUAUCUUGGUGCCCGUCUGGCCUCUUUUUAUGAGCGAGCAGGCAGGGUGAAAUGUCUUGGAAAUCCCGAAAGAGAAGGGAGUGUCAGCAUUGUAGGAGCUGUUUCUCCACCUGGUGGUGAUUUUUCUGAUCCAGUUACCUCGGCUACUCUUGGUAUUGUUCAGGUGUUUUGGGGCUUAGAUAAGAAACUAGCUCAGCGUAAGCACUUCCCCUCUGUCAACUGGCUCAUCAGCUACAGCAAGUACAUGCGUGCCUUGGACGAGUACUAUGACAAACACUUCACAGAGUUUGUUCCUCUGAGGACCAAAGCUAAGGAAAUUCUGCAGGAAGAAGAAGACCUGGCAGAAAUUGUACAGCUUGUGGGAAAGGCUUCUUUAGCAGAAACAGAUAAAAUCACUCUGGAGGUAGCAAAACUUAUCAAAGAUGACUUCCUACAACAAAAUGGAUAUACUCCUUAUGAUAGAUUCUGCCCAUUCUACAAGACAGUGGGGAUGCUGUCCAACAUGAUUGCAUUUUAUGAUAUGGCCCGUAGAGCUGUUGAAACUACUGCCCAGAGUGACAAUAAAAUCACAUGGUCCAUUAUCCGUGAGCACAUGGGAGAGAUCCUCUAUAAACUUUCCUCCAUGAAAUUCAAGGACCCAGUGAAAGACGGUGAGGCAAAGAUCAAGAGCGACUAUGCACAGCUUCUUGAAGAUAUGCAGAAUGCAUUCCGUAGCCUUGAAGAUUAGAACUGUGAUUUCUUUCCCUUCCUCAGCAACCUCCUAUGUGUAUAUUUUCCUAAAUUUCUCAUCUCAAAACCUUUGCUUCUUUAUUGUGCAACUUUGAGACUAGUGCCUAUGUAUGUUGCCGUUUGUUGCCCUGUUUUUUUGGUAGGUCUUAUAUAAAACAAACAUUCCUUUGUUCCAGUGUUGUGAAGGGCCUCCUUGAUCCUUUGUACGAAGUGGUGAAUGUAGUAAAUACGAUGGCUACACUACUGUAAACAUGUAUUAGGGUGAUGACCCUCCUUGUCCUAGGUUGGCCCUUUCCUCAUCUCCGUUAAGUUGCAAACAGAACUACUGCAUGUAUGCUCUUUGCAGUGGAUUUGGAAUGGUGGACCAGAUUUCUAUACCUUUUGACAGGUAUUUUGUGAAGUAACUCAGUAUCUAUUGUGGUAAGGUCAUUUGCAGCUUAGCAUUUUGCAACGUAAUUGCUUUGCAGGAAAUACUUAAACAUGAAUGGUGAACGUUCCAAUUAUGCAUUGCUUCCCCCAGUAUAAAUCAGGAAUACUUAUGGGAAACUGUUGAGAACAAUAAUGUUUUUAAAACAGGCAUUUGUGGGCUCAGCACAGUAUAUGAAUCAGUACCCUCUAAAAAAGUGAAAAAAGACCCAAGCAGUCAAACUUAGAUCAACAUCAUUUUGUUAAAGCAUAUUUCAUUUCACUAGGAAAAAUUCAAUGUCAAAGACUAUUAUAUACUGAAGUACUAGGAAAUUCUUUUUAAAAUUACGUUUAAGCAAUCACUGAAAACUUGAUCCACAUCACUCUUUCUUUUCCUCCAAUAUCUUAGAAGUCCAGGCUUCUAAGAAUCAUGUGGAGUGUGAUGGUGGUGAAAUGUUAGAGAAGAUAGUUGUGGUUAAAGGCUGUUUGCACCUUUGAGGACCAGCUGGGCUAUAGUGAUUCUUGGGGCCAGAGUGGCAUUAUGUUUUUGUAAAAUCAUGACAUGUGUCACACGUUUGCAUGUCUUUUUGCUUGUUGAAUUUUUGAACAGUUUACCAGUUGUAGAAAAUGUAACUUUCUUUCAUGUGGUUUUUUGAUUCACUGGUUCAAAAGAUUUUUCAAAAUAUCAGUGACCACAGCAGCAUAAUAAUUUCUAUCCUGUCUAACAGAGAUGAAGUUAAUUUUGUAUCUGCUGAUAACAGAAUCUGGGUCAUGUGAAGAAAAAGGAUCAUUUUAUUCUUUCUUCUGAGUUUCUGUUUAAAAACAACAAUUCCUGCCUGUCUAAUAAGGCACACAGCAGAAUAGCUCUGAAAGCAACAGUUUCCCAUUAACUCUUUCUGACCAAUAGUGCUGGCACCACUGCUUCCUCUGAGAAGAGGAAAGGGUGUGUGAAUGUGUCUAACAAUCUCAAAUACCCAAAUGUAAUAGCAUAAAUAAAAUAUUUAUUUUAUGCCUCAGUAUGUUAUUUAAAUUUUUAGAUAAUACAUUUAUUUUGGUCUGUUAAGGAAAGAUGCAGUCAGUAGAGACUUCAGGUAUAGUUUUGUUUAAAUCCUUGCUGUUUACAGUGGCCUGCUAUUGAGGAAAGAUAUUCUUCCAUACAACUCUUUUCAACCUGUCACAAUAUGAGAAGAUAGAAAUUAUACAAUGAUUUGUUGAGAUGUGGACUUUGUGGUGCUUCUUAAUCAGUUUGCUUCCAAUGUGGCCUUCCACUUAAAGGCCCUUAGCCUAUUAGAAAUUAAAAGGAUUUCAAAAACUUUCUAUUCCUACCUUAAACCUACCAGCAAGCUAGGAUUGUGAUAGUAAUGAGUGAAAUGAUGAGGAAAGUUUGACCAAAUUUGUUUUUUGUUGUUGUUUUGAAUUUGAAAUCAUUUUUACUCCUUUUAAGAAUGUUGGUGUAUGUGUGUGAAGAUGCUAGAGAAACACUGUUCAGAUAUUCAUUGUAAGUCUCCCUUCACCUAUAUGUUAUAGAAUUUCAGAAUGGUCAUUGAUCAUAUUUCUUUAGUGAGAAUGUGUUAAAAUUACAACAAUCUUUUAAAAAGCUGAUACAGUCUAUAUUUAUUGUGCUGUGCCUGGUCCUAAGUGGAGCCAGUUAAAUAAGUUUCGUAUGUAUUUUUCCAGUGUUAAAUCUCACACAUUGUACCCUUUGGAAAUUUCCUUCUAUCCUGAAGAAUGAAUAGGAGAGGUCAUAUAUAUUGCCUGCUUAUCCAUGGGGUUUCACUACCUUUAUGUUAAAAGUUGUGUAUAAUUGUUAAACUCUAUGAAAGAAUAAAAAGUGGAUUUAAAUUAA